AUGUCGCCCCCGACUGGAAAUGCAGGCCGAGAGAAGGAGUCCAACUUGGCCAGACUCCUAGGUUCAGGCUCCGCUGGUAUCGCCGAGUUGGCAAUUUUCCACCCCGUUGAUACCAUCGCGAAGCGAUUGAUGAGCAACCAGACCCGAGUCGCCAACGCAAGCCAAUUGAACCAAGUCAUUUUCAAGGACAAGGCUGGCGCUCCCCUCGGUCGAAAGUUCAUCUCACUAUUCCCCGGUCUCGGCUACGCUGCUGGUUACAAAGUCCUUCAGAGAAUCUACAAGUACGGCGGUCAACCCGUUGCUCGUGACUACUUGGCCACGCACUAUGGCAAGGACUUUGAGAGCGCAUUUGGCAAGAAGACGGGCAAGGCUAUCAUGCACUCUACUGCUGGCAGUCUAAUCGGUAUUGGUGAGAUUGUGCUCCUUCCCCUCGAUGUCCUCAAGAUCAAGCGCCAGACGAACCCCGAGGCCUUCAAGGGCCGUGGCGUCCUCAAAAUUGUCGCCGACGAAGGAUUCGGAUUGUAUCGAGGUUGGGGUUGGACUGCUGCCCGUAACGCCCCUGGUUCUUUCGCGCUGUUUGGAGGUUCUGCUUUCGCCAAAGAAUACAUGUUCCAGCUUCAAGACUACAACAAGGCAACCUGGUUCCAAAACUUUGUUGCUUCGAUCGCUGGUGCCUCGGCCUCUCUCGUUGUUUCCGCCCCCUUGGAUGUGAUUAAGACCAGAAUCCAGAACCGUAACUUUGACAACCCCGAGAGUGGAUUCCGUAUCUUGACCAACAUGGCUCGCAAGGAAGGCUUCUCCAGUUUCUUCAAGGGUCUCGUUCCCAAGCUGCUCAUGACUGGUCCCAAGCUCGUCUUCUCAUUCUGGCUCGCCCAGACCCUAAUUCCCGCCUUCGAUGCCGCCUUCUCCAAGCAAUAG